AUGGCUGUCGUCGCUGUAGCUGGUGGCACUGGGGGCCUGGGAAAAACUAUUGUUGAGAGGCUAGUGCAGGAGGCCAAGUUCGAUGUUGUGGUGCUAUCGCGGAGCACUCCAGAGCAGGGCGCUAUUCCUGAAUCCGUUCGCCUUGUGCAGAUUGACUACAACGACAUCGCGUCGAUGACCAAAGAGCUCGAGCGCUACAAUGUGCACACCAUCAUCUCCGCCAUCGGCCUUAUCUCGGAUGCAGCCAGCCAGUCUCAAAUUAACCUGAUAGAUGCCGCCGAGAAAUCUUCAGCGACGGAGAGAUUCAUUCCGAGCGAAUAUUCUUUCAUCCAGACACCAGACCUGCUUCCCGUGGACCCCAGCAUUAAAUGGUGGCUCGAUGCAGCCGAUAAACUAAAAUCCAGCUCCCUGAAGUACACGAGAGUGAUCCCGGGAUUCUUCAUGGACUACUGGGGAAUGCCGAAUGCCAAGACCAACCUCUCACCGUACACUUUCGGCAUUAACAUAGGUAGCGGUAUUGCGGCUAUUCCUGGUGACGGAUCAGACGUGAUUUGUAUGACCUACACAUAUGAUAUGGCGACCUAUCUCGUCAAAGCCUUUGACCUGGACGAGUGGCCGGAGUUCAGUGUCAUCGUUGGCGACCAAGUUACCUACAACCAGGUCUUGGCCAUGGCAGAGGAGAUUACAGGCAAAAAGUUCAAAGUCAGCUACGAUACUCUCGAUCAGAUCCAGGCGGGAGAUGUCACCGUUCCCCCCAUGCCGGACGGAACUGAGUACCCAGAGGACGAAUUGAAGGAGACUACCGCUCUAGUCAGUCGGCUGACCGUGAAUGGGGUCUUUGACCUCCCCAAGGAGAAUCGACUGAACGACCGAUUCCCUAACGUGCGACCCAUUACAAUAAGAGAGUUCCUGGAGAAGGCCUGGAGAGGCUAG